UAACAAACUCACCCCUGAGAAGUUUGAUAAGUUAAACCUUGAACUGCUAAAUGUAGGACUCGACUCGAAUGUGAUCCUCAAAGGUGUCAUUUUGUUGAUAUUUGAAAAAGCACUUGAUGAGCCAAAGUACAGUUCUAUGUACGCACAGUUAUGCCAUCAACUAUGUGACGACUCACCAAACUUUGAACCACCAUCCUCUAAAACAACAACUUUCCGUCGCCUGCUUUUGAACAAGUGCCAAGAUGAAUUUGAAAACAGGUCCAAAGCCACAGAACUUGAAGUAUUUGACCGUAAAGAUGGCACAUUCAGUGCGGAGGAAGCAGAGCAGUACCACAUUGCCAAAAGGAAGAUGCUUGGUAACAUCAAGUUUAUUGGCGAACUCGGAAAACUUGAAAUGCUGCACGAAGGGAUUCUACACAGGUGCAUUAAGCAGCUUCUUGAGAAGAAAAAGAAUGUACCGGUCCAGGAUAUGGUGGAAGACUUGGAGUGCCUCUGUCAGAUAAUGCGGACAGUUGGACGCCGCCUUGACACACCCAAGGCCAAAUCAUGGAUGGAUCAGUAUUUUCAGCGAAUCCAAAUUUUCGCUAAAAACAUGGAGUUGCCCUCCAGGAUUCGGUUUAUGCUGCGAGAUGUGGCAGAUCUACGACGAAACAAUUGGGUUCCCAGAACAAGUGGAAUUGAUAACGGUCCAAAAACCAUCACACAGAUACGAUUAGAAGCUGCUGAUGAGUAUGGUGAGUAUAUUCCACCACCUCAGUCGCGUCAAUUUGGCAACAGAUCAAGCAUGAACGGAGGCAUGAGUACCCAGUGGAUGGCAUCCAACCCAGGCCAGAUGGGGGAUUUGUUUGGCAUGUCCUCACCGGGCAUGUUGAUGGGAACAAUUGGAACAGGUACAGGACCUGGAGUGAUCCAUGAUGGACCUGGAUAUCCCAUGAAUAUGGGCAAGCCCAGGAACAUGCAACAGGGGCAAGGCUUUAACAAUUUCAACAAGCCAAGACAGGAUGGGGGAGGGAGGGGAAACAUGCGACAGAACCAGAAUAAUCAGCAGAUGCAAGGGGGACGUCAAUCUCCUCAGUCUCUACAGCAACAGCAGAAACAAGCAAGCCAGUCCCCGCGAGACCUACCUCCACGCUUUGCUAGACUGGCCCAGCAGCAACAACAACAAAUUGCUCAGCAGGCCGCCAGCGCUAAUGGCACAGCAGUUAUGAUACCAAGUACUACAGAGGAAAUCAGUCUCAGACCAGCUAAAAACUUUACAGUUUUCAAGCCGAAUACACCUAAUAAUCUUCCCAAGUCUGCGCAAGUUGGACCACAGAACGCUAUGAUGAAAAUGUCUCUCGGACCUCCAGAGCCACCCAAACCAUUGCUUAACAAACAGGCCCAGAUUACCAUCAAACAGGCGACACAGGAGAAGCCCAAGCCUAACAAGAAGGCAAUCCCCACUAAGGAUGAAGUGAUGAAAGCAACUAUGGCGAUGUUGGAAGAGUAUUUGGCCAACUGUGAAACAAACGAAGCUUUAAAUUCAUUCAAAGACUUAAACUCUCCUAAAAAGUUCCACGCAGACUUGCUAGCCCAGAUGAUGACAAAAACUGUAGACAAAUCAGAUUCUGAGCGCGAGAGUGUCAUGAAGUUGAUCUCAGCAAUGAAGGCAGAUAACCUCAUAACAUCGGAUCAGUUUAUGGAGGGCCUUCAAUCUCUACUGGAGAAAAUGGCAGAGCUGGAAUCUGAGGUACCACUCGUUAAGUCCUACAUCUCCAAGUUUGCUGCUAUGGGUGUGACAGAGGGAGUUAUCAACAUUCAGGAGUUGUCAGUUCCCAUGGAGAAUGGAACAUACUACCCACUGUUUCUACUCUGUAUGCAACAGAUGCACAAAAUCAAGGACAAGAACUGGCUUGUAUCCAACUUCAAUGAGAGCAAAGUCUCUCUACAGAAUAUGUUACCAGAAAUUGACCAGACAAAGGAGCGUAUGAUGGAGAUCCUUGAGGACCGUGGACUGAGCUUUAUGUUCCCAUUGCUACGUGUCCAAGCUGAACUUUGGAAACAGGUGCAGGCCGAGCCAGGGGCCACUGCUACAUUCAAGUGGAUCAAGGAAAAUGUGGACACUGACCUUCACCACUCACUAGGCUUCAUCAACAUUCUAACUGCAUGUGUGCUGAAGUACAUCACAAUGGACACGACUCUUGGUAAAGAUGUGGACAGUUCGGUUGUUCCUGAAAAAGCUGCCACAGAGAAGGAGAAGCAGAGACUUGACAAACUUAAGGGAGUGCUACAGCUGUUCCUGCAUGAAAAAAUGGACCUGCAGGUUGAGGCGCUGUAUGCAGCCCAGGUAUUCUGUCAUUCUCAUCACUUUCCUAAAGGUAUGUUACUGAGGAUGUUCAUGCACUUUUAUGAUAUGGAAAUUCUUGAGGAGGAAUCAUUUCUGAAAUGGAAGGAAGAAGUGAAUGAUGAACACCCUGGGAAAGGAAAGGCCCUGUUCCAGGUAAAUCAAUGGCUGACCUGGCUUGAGCAAGCUGAAGAGGAAUCGGAUGAAGAAGACGAUUAAAUCCCUUAUCAGGGAGGUUGUAAGGAGAAUUAGAUAUUUCAACACAAGUGUUCUUUAAUACCAUAAAAUCAAUUGGAACAUUUGGUAUUCCUUACUGUCAUGGACAAAUAGACAAAAUAUAACUAGCAGUAAAAAUUAACACUUCACUUAAGAAAAUUUUUGACAAUUCAAUUUUCUGAGACAUUGUGUAGGACUAUCUCAAAAUAAUGGAUAUAUCAAAAAAGUGAAAUGUGAUAUGUAUAACGGAUGUACAGACACUCGGACUGGAACACACCGUCUAAGUAGUGGUGACAUGGACUACAACACUAGUAAAUGGAGCAGUAGCAAGUGCGAAGUGCAUUUGGAAUUAGUAAAUUAUUCCAUGCAAAGUUCAAGCAUUUGAAACAAAUAAAUGUUUCCAUGCUAAGUUGGAGAGAAAAAUCACUAUGGUCUCACUAUGUGGAAUGAUAAUGCAUUAACAAACCCCGGAGUUUGCCUAGCAGUCAGUCACUCUUUCCACCCCUGCGGAUCUGUGAUGUGUUACAAUACAGUCAAACUAACAAAGACAAUUGGAGCAUAAUCUUUGUACAGGUCUAUGAGCUAGCUGAUUAAAAGGAAAGGCAACAUUUUUGAAGAAAAGCAAAUUAGUGUGUAUGGAGUGUGAUCUUGAUAAAAUAAGUAGUAAAUGAAAUGUACAAUAUCCAAUAUAAUCUGGAAGUUGAGAAAGAGGUAAAUCAUAAUUUGACUGGCUUAGUGCAUAUCUAAUCAAUCAUAACUUGUAUUUACAGAAAGUUGCCUUUCCAUUAUUGAUAUAUUUAUUGCUAUAUAGUAUUUAUUCUCUGGUCUUUUUUAACAAAUGCUGAUCAGAAACAACAGGUGCUGUUAUAAACAAUAGAUUCUCAUCUGCUAGAAAACAUAACAAAAAAUCAUUAUCACCAUUGCUUUAAAUCUGGCAACCUGUGAAUAAUGUAGAUAUGUAUGCAAACAUAUUUUAAAAGUUGUGGUUAAGUCAUACAAAAUGUGAUAUCAUAAUUCAUUACUUGUCCCUAGGUUAUUGACAUUAAAAACUGCCAUCUAGAAAUUGCAACAUUUUUGUGUUGAAAAUGAAAAGAAAUGAUCAUGUACUAAUUCUUACUGUAAGGAAUUUAUUCAUUUAAUAUCUUUAAUAUAAGGUUUUGCUUUUAUCAACGACCAAUUGUUAUGUUAGUCUCUUACCUUCUGCUAUAAGUGUGACAGUUUUCUUUUGAUAUUCCUCUCAAUAAACGUAAUAUCAGAAAUGAAAAAAAUGUUGGUAGAAGGCUAUUGUAUAGAACUUUGAUAUGUCAAGUUCUUUUAAAUGGUGCUCUGAAAACUGUUUUCAACAUGUGGUCAGGAUUUCAUCUGACAGGAAUCCUUAUUAUUAAUCCAUGCAUAGAAUUUAUUAUCAUACAUAAACUAACAAAAUGAUAAAUUUAAUCGGAAAUGUUUUCCAUUCGUAAUUAAGAAUUACUGAAUAAAUUAAUUUGCAUUAAAGUAAACAUCACACCUGAUGGAUUGAUUACAAGACCUAUUAUUGUGUGAUUACUCAAAAAGAUAAGCAGCUUGGCUUUUACUAAGACAUUUUGUUUUGUAAGAAUGUUUUUUCAUUUGUUAUGCUAACUUGCUUAGACAAUUCAAACUUAAUUUAAUUGUAGUUCUUAAAAAGGAGAAAUGUUUUAUGCCACUACUAGAUUACCUCCCCCUUAUCAAAAUGGUGCUCUGUGGUGUUUGAGUCGUCAGAUCUAAUGUCUUUUUCAAGUCAUGAUCAGGUUAUUUACAAUUUCUGAUAACUUAAAGAUUUUUAUUAAGACUUUGGAGAUAAAUAUGUUCAUGUUUUAUUCAAAAUUAAAAUAGAAAAUCAUGGGGAAGUAAUCCAGUAGCAAAUCAUAUUGAAGAUAGCUGAGUGGUGUGUUCAACAUCCAUGCAAACUUCCUGGAUUACAUACAGAAUCAUGUUAUUGUGUUUCACUGAAGGAUGGCUUUGGUAAUGUCUUCACCUCAUGUUUGCUUUAGAAUGAAUAAGAUUUUGAUUCCUUUAUUAGAAAUGCAGAUAAUUAUAAAUUGAACAAAGAUCAGAACUUUCAUUUGAUAAGAAAUAUGAAUUUUAUCUGGUAAAACCAUGAAAUUCUAAAUAUAUUGAUGAGGGAUUUUAUAAUGGUUUAGUUGUCCAAUAGAAAAGAUUGUAAAAUUGUUUUGGUGAAAGUCAUUUUGCUUGCAGGGUCUGCAUUGUGUUUUAUUAUUGGCAUUAUUGUGAUAAACAUAUAGCUUACUCAAUAUGAUAUUUUGAUAUUUUUUUGUUUUGUUUUCCAAAUUAGGUGUAAGCGUUGUAGCUUUUAUUUGAUUGGUAUGGAUUUGAAAGAGGAUGCAUGAUUAGUCAAAAGGCUUGUAACCAUUUAAUGAAAGACCUACUCUCAAGAUAUUUGAAAUAUGUUAUUCCACAAUUUAUAUAAUUAUGAUACUUUAUUGCAUGGAGUUUUGAACAGCUGAAGUCGGCAUUUAGUUAAAAGUUGUACAUAUGGUUUGUUUUAUACUUUGAUAACAUUCUGUCAGUUUUACAACAUUUAUAAAUAUUCUCUAUAUAUAUAUCUAUAUCACUAUGUUGUUAUUUUUGGUUUUGAAAAUGUGUUACUUGAGCAUGCACAAGUGAAUCAGUUAUUUCCAUAAAAGUGUGGGGGAGUUUGUUGAAGCAUUCUGAUUAAAAUACAGAUCAUCAUUAGGCAUAUACACUAUAUUAUGAAGCUCAAUGGUGGCCAUAAAUAGUUCAUUUUGCAGUUUACCUCAACAACAGUAUUGUUUUAGCCAAUUAAAUAGCAUCUCUUUUAUGUCUCUUCAGCAGUAUUUGCAUAUUGAACAGGCUAUAGAAUCUGUUAAGAUAUUAAUUGGUCUCAAAUCUUGCUUCUUUAUCUCCUCCCAGGAUAGUCUCCCUUAUUAGAAAGGAAAAUCCACAAGCUAUUCACUUUGUCCUCUAAAUGCAUUGUUUUAGGGGUGUGAAGUGGAUGGCUAUGAGUGUAGACAUCUUAGUUUGGUUUACAUUUCAGGACACUAUCAUCAACUCAGUAUCUACCAACCAGACAGCCAGCUGUUGUAAUUUGAUUUUCUGGUUGAAAGUUCAAAUAUGGUUGAAAGUUAAUCUGACCAUGGCCCCUUACUGGCCACUCUCAGAUCUUCAUGACGAGUGUAUAAUGUUGAUCUGUAUUUUAAUCAUAAUGUUGUUGAAGUAACCUAUUUUCUAACAAAAUAUAUUUGUUUUAAAAGCCUGUCUUGAUGUAGUGAAAAAAGUUCAUUUGUAUGUCUGUUUUAUUACAUAGAAUAAUGUUUUGAUCAAAUUGAGCUAAUUGAAUAAUAGUUGUAAUGAAUUAAUUUAGAUGUACAAUUUUUAUGGAAUUAACAUUUCACGUCUCCAUGUUAUAAUGCAUCCAUAGAGAACAAGAUAGUGUUAUAAAAUGGAGAUUUGGUGUUAAAUCAUAUAGAAGUCGGUAUAUGUCGGUAUUCUCUAGAAAUAAUGUUCAUCAAUAUUCUGCUUAAUGAAAAAAAAGUAUUAACAUAGUCAUGUCCUGUGUCUGGUCACGUCUUUGAAAGUGUACUUAUUUUAGUCCAAAUAAAAACUUCAUGGUGUAAAUAA